CACGCCCAUCAUUAUUGUAAACAAACGCCAUGGCGAACUGUUGGUCAAUAGGAGUGUUCUUAAUUAUCCUUCUAGGAUCGUUUUGUAUAUGGAACUGCAUGACACGUGAUGUGCCGCCAGAUACAUCAAAUUGGUAUGGAUGUCGUGACCAGAAAGGGAGUCCAGUUGACUCGUUUGUCGUCUACAAAUUACCACAUGAUAAAGAAGCACGUUUUGGUCCCUUGAGGAAUGGAACUGCGUAUAUGUACCUCACGCCAGAGACAGCUGAUAGACUUCAAGGUGGCGGAGUUUCCAGUGUGUUCAGUGAGUACCGGGAUUCAGCCAGUGGUUGGGUGCUGAGUAAUGUGAACAUUGGUAGUGAGUUCUCUAUGCCUGCAAGAACACUCAGUAGACUAUAUACAGAUCAACAGUUAUUGAAGAAUGCAGCCUUCUUAAUGUACAAUGAUGAAUUUCCAAAUGGCACCAAGUCGUUCACGAAAGGUCACACGAAGGGCGUUGUGGUGAUGACUGUAAAGGGAGGAUUCUGGCUGGUGCAUUCUGUGCCUAAGUAUCCCCCGCCCCCUGAGAAUGGAUAUUCUUACCCGAUUUCAGCUUCUCGUUAUGGGCAGACCAUGUUGUGUAUUAGUCUUCCUCCCGACCAGUCUCAAAACUUAGGAUUACAGUUGCUCCAGAACAACCCAUAUGUUUAUGCCUCCAACAUGCCGGACUCGCUCACCUCCCAGUUCUCUAUGUUGCUGAAGGUGAUGCAGGGGGAACGCCCACUGAGUGCUCCCUGGUACAGCAUCACAACACUGAAUUCAAUAGGUGGCAAAUCAUUCACUUCUUUUGCCAAAUAUAAGAAUUAUGACGAAGACUUAUACAGUGGUUUAGUGGCCCCUGUGUUGGAGACUGAAAUUGUGGUAGAGAGCUGGAGGAAUGGACCCCAACCUCUCAACUCUACUUGUAAUGUGACAUAUAAGGUGGAGAAUGUGGAGAGUGUGGUGGCUCGGGCAGCUUCCACCAGCUUCACCACACAUCGUGACCACAGCAAGUGGGUGGUGGCUGUUGAACCGGACAAACCCUAUGUGUGCAUCGGUGACAUCAACAGAAUGGAAUCACAGCUCCAUCGUGCAGGAGGGACUGUGUGCAUGCAGAGUUUGAGCAUCUGGCACAGAUUCCACAACUUGGUGCAGAGUGUGGAGACUUGUCCAAAGACAGUGUAAUGUUGGCAUGCAUUUUAUUUUAAAUUUUCAUCUAAUUUAAAGUUCAUUUGAAUUUAAUAGGAGUGACUGUCCUCCUGGGCUCCUUGUGUUUACUGUGUCAAGGUUUGGUUGAUACUACAGAAGCUCAAUUGAAAACUUCAGAGAAUUUCUCAUGUUCAGUGAUGAUGUCUUAUUAUGCUUAAGUAUAAUUGUAAGAAUUUGUUAUUUUAUUAGAUUUUGUAUUAAUGCCAUGGUAUGGGAGCCAUGUUCAGACUUUAUGGUACAGUACAGUACAUAACUUAGUACAGAUUAAUAAGUUUGUAAUAUUAUUUCUGUGUCUGAGGGGUAAUCUUGCUCCCUCUGUGUUCCUUUAUAUUUUUUCUAUACUAUUUUAUAUAAAUUUAUUGCAUUUAUUGUGAGACAAGCAGUGUUGAGAAUUAGUUAUUAAUGUGAUGCAUAGAUGAUAAAACACAAGAUUACUGUACCAAAGGCUGUAAUUUAUUAUAUUUUUUUUAAAGAAAGAGUAUUUGUGAGGUUGCUGUACAUGUUGGUUGAGAAAGUACAAUGUGCAGCAGCAACCACAAUGUUCAUAGUGCUGGUACAAAAGUGUGUAGAGUUGUACAAAUACUGUGUUUACUGACCUGAUACAAUGUUUAUAGAAUUAGUUUUUUAUCCAAUAUGUUGUUUAUAUAUCUGAUACAAAUACAGUAUUUAUAAAACUGAUUCAGACAAAUGCACAUCAAUAAGAUACUGUGGUAGUAUUAAAAAGGCAAUGAAAGAACACUAAGAAA